UCUAAUCAUUGCAAAUAAUAUGAAUCUGAUAUAAUACUAGUAUUUAUUUUUACAUACUCCGAUUUUUCUACUGUGAAUUCCCAAAUUUCCCCUGUUUUUGUUUAUUUAGUUUUUCUCUCUCCUCUUACUCAAACAGUCUCACAAACCCAGAAAAAAAAAACACAAAAUCAAAAAUCAAUUACAGUAGGAGAGAGAAAUCAGCUUGAAGAUCUUUCAAUGGUGUCGAAGAACAAAUCCGACUGGCCUCCUCCUGGUUGGAAGGUCGUUGUCAAGUCCAAAAAUGGCCGCAAGGUUAAGUACUUCAUUAAUUCAAAGACUCGUCAAAAGUUCUAUUCAAAACCGUCUUUGCUUCGAUACAUUAGAGAUGGAUGCGUCAGCAAUGAAAAGCCUCAGCCUGUUAUUCAGCACGCUAAUAAGAAAUCUGGAGAGUUACAAAUGCAGCGUGUUGAAGAAAAUGAUUUCGACUGGUUACCCACCGGUUGGGACUUAGUAAGGAGAAUCCGGAAGAGUGGUGUCAGAGAAGGAACCGAGUAUAAGUGUUAUAUUGACCCUUCAACUGGAUCAACAUUUUAUUCAAAGCCGGAGGUAUUGCGAUAUCUUAAAAGUAAACAAUGCAUUGGUGGAACAUCUAAACAGAAGGACAAAAAAAGGAGCAGGCACUCUUCCAACAAGAGGUCAGUUGAUCCAGUAAGUGCUCGCAAAUCCAAUUUGGAGCCAAAGGUGUCGCAGAUUUCAAAAACACGUGUUCGGAAGAGUCUUUCUUCAGGAAAUCUGAAGGUAGUAACAGAGAGAACUGUGGAUGAAGAUUUGCCGUCUGGAUGGAUAAAGGAAACGAGAAUCAAGAUGCUUGGAAAUAAAGUAGUCAGGAGAGAUCCGUUCUUAUAUGAUCCUGCCAGUAGACUGGUCUUCCGCUCCAAGUUAGAAGUUUUACGUUAUGUGGAGACUGGAGAGAUUAGCAGGCAUGCAUAUCAGAGGAAAACUGGAAGCGGUGUUGGAGAAGAUUCUGCAAAUGGAAAGACAUCUACAUCAAGUGAGCUUGAAGAAACACCAAAGAGGAGGACCAGAAAUAUGCUCUUUCCCGGUGAAUCAAGUAGCAACAGUAUCCAAGAACUUCCUGAAGAUUCAGGCGAUAAAAAAGUUGAAGGCAGGAAAAGCAGAAGGUUAUCCUCCAGAGGCAAACCUGCCACUGCUAGAGCUUCUAGUCUUAAGCAGAGUAAAUUGUCACCCAUAUCACCCAGCAAAUCCCAAGAGUUGGUGGCCAAACCAUCAAUGGAAAAGCUUUCUGGAACCAAAGAAUCUGUAAGUGUGACCAAACAUGCCCCAUCAGAAGUCCAAGAUGAUGGUUCAGAAGUUUCAACUCUUGAAAAGAGUGAGUCUCCUGCUCCAAGGGACUUAUUGCCAGAGGAGAACCAAAUACCUCUUGCUGUUCAAGACUGUAGUAAUGGGAAAGCUUCAACCAGCAAAAGGAAAACAAGUGCCAGGAAAUUGGUGAGUGCGCCUUCCCGAUCCUCCAAGCGACUUGCUGGUGUUGAAGCUAAAGUAGUAUUCCACUCAAUACCCAUUGAGCAUACUCUUCGGGCCACAAGCAGAAAGCCCUCCAGAACUAAACCCAUCCCUAGUUUGGAAUCGGUCCCAGAUGGGCUACAGGAGAAGUGCCAUAAUGUUGAUAAGCAAAAUGUGCUUGUAUCUGAAGAAGAAGAGCAUCAGACAGUUGUGGCUAAUGCAGUUAGUAUACUCACAACACACGGGGAACCAACAAACACAAUUGAUGACUUGCCAUCUCAAGAAGAAAAGCAUUGUACAAUGGAUGUUAAUUCAGAAACUCUGCUUACAACUGAAGAAGAAACAUUGAUUAAGAUUGAUGACUUCACAUCUGAAGAACAAAAUCAUUAUCCACUUAAUGUUGAUUCAGAAAGUGUGCUUGCAGCUGUUCAUGAAGAAGCAUCAAACCAGAUUGACAGGAAUAUAUUAGCAAAAGAAACCCUUCUGGUUGAUCUCAGUGAUCUGCAGCUGGAGGAGGCUCCACCAGGCUUCUCUGAAAGUAUGAAAGUUGAAGUGUCUUCAGCUAAGAUACAGCAAUCAUUUGAGCAUCCACCGGUUUCUUUACAAGGGAGCAAGGUUGAGAACACCUCUAGUGAGCGACCAAUCGUUGAAGAGAAACUGGCCAGCGUUGAGAAAGAAAUUGGACGGCCUCAAUCUGAAUACUGCUUUCCACCGCCCUUGUGGUCAGAUCCAUGCCUGGAAUUUGCAUUUAAAACUCUUACAGGCGCAAUACCAUUUGAUGAUAAUUUGGCUAUCCAGGAUUAUAUCCAACAUCAACUCCGCACUUCAGAAGACAAUGAUAACAAUCAGUGUCUUCCUGAUGUAUGUGCACCUAGCGGUGACGAAACAAUAAAAGUACCCCAGUUACCUGAAGACGUCAACAUCCCAAAUUCCAAUGGAUUUGGCUCGCCAGAAAUCAAGCAGGUUAAGAAUUAAUGAUAAUCAUAGUUGCUCUGUAGGUGUCUGUUGUAAUUUUUUUUUUUGUAAUAUAUAGUUACAGUGUAUCUUACCCAAAGGUUUCAACUAGGUUAAGUUCUAACCAUUUGUAAUAUCCCUAACCUUGUAUUUGUUUAUGAUGAAUCCGAAGAGCAAUGAAUGCUGCUGAUUCACGGCCUGCUAUCAUUCUAAAAAGAUUCUGUUUCAUUUCAGAUCGAUAAUGCCUCUGUUUUAACUCGGCAUUGCUACAAGUCAAGUCUUUGUAUGUAUAUGGUAGUAUGGUACACAUCAGAUUAUGAGGUUCUUCACUGCA